AUGAAGCACACACAGGUGGCUGUGCUGCUCCUCAUGCAAAGCAUGAUCACUUUGGCUGUAACAAAGGCAGCAACAGAAGAGAGCCCUCAUCCCAAUACAACGCUCCCAUAUGUGACUCAACCUAGCAAGGUGACUGGCAACCUGCACACUCCCCCAAAGCUCUUUGCCAAUGUGUCCGGCUCUGUGGAUGAUGAGGGAACUUGUCAGUGCUCUGUGUACUUGCCAGAUACCACCUUCCCAGUGCAGAACGCUGAGCAAUUGGAGAUAAUAGCUGCAACACUCACGAAGAAAUUUGAGAUAGAGCUUUCUCAAGUUAGAGAGUACUCAAAAAAGAUUGAACUGUAUCAGCAGCAAAUCCUUAACCUAACAAUCAGAGUGCAGCAUAUGGAGAAGAACAGUAUAUCCUACACAGAGCUGGACUUCCAGUUGCUGAAAGUAGAAAUCAAUGACCUGGAGAGAUUGGUCACCCAGCUGAAAUUCAGCCUUGUUGGAAGCAAUGUCAUCGUUGAGCAAAUAUAUUUGGAGAUCACAAAUCUGACUAUACUGGUAAAUGAACUAGAAUCACUGGACAAAAACAAUAUCCUUGCAAUUCGUCGACAAAUUGUGGAUCUGCAGAAACGACUGAAAGAGUGUGAAGAGGGAACAAAUAAAACUACAGUACCCCCUUAUUUCCCACCAGGUAGCUGCAUUCACCGUGGACUGCUGAAUGUUAGCCAGCCCUAUAUCGCAAAGCUGAACUGGAGAGGAUUUUCUUACAAGUAUGGUUCCUGGGGUAGAGACUACUCUCCCUCUGACCCAGAGAAUGAAGUCUAUUGGGUUGCACCAUUGAACACAGAUGGGAGAUACUUGGAAUACUACAGAAUUUAUAGUUCCUUUGAUGAUUUGUUGCUGUUUAAACCCAUGUAUGAACGUAGAAUAACAUACGGGGAAGGAAGUGGUGCUGCCCUUUAUAAUAACUAUUUGUAUUAUCAUGCUUAUAAUUCAAGAUAUAUUGUGAAGCAUGAUAUAAGAAAAAACACCAUGGUUUUAAGGAAGGAGCUUCUGAAUGCUGCUUAUGGUAACCGUUUCUCUUAUGCAGGUGUAUCAUGGCAAGACAUAGAUUUUGCUGUGGAUGAAAGUGGGCUGUGGGUAAUAUAUUCAACGGAAAAUAACAUGGGCAACAUUGUGAUUAGCAAACUCAAUGACACUACUCUUGAUGUGCUAAAUACUUGGCAGACAAGACAGUACAAACCAUCUGUUUCCAAUGCUUUCAUGUUAUGUGGUAUUCUGUAUGCCACAAGGCCAGUGAACACGAGGAAAGAGGAAAUCUUCUAUAUGUAUGACACAAGUACUGGCCAAGAAGGUAGUAUUAGUGUUAUUAUGGAUAAAAAAUUAGACACAAUCCAAAGCAUUGAUUAUAACCCCACAGAUCAGAGAUUGUAUGUUUACAAUGAUGGUUAUCUUCUAAGAUAUGAUGUUGCCUUUCAGUCCUAG